GGCUAACCCAUCCCAAAAGUACAUACCGUACACCCCGCUCGACUUGCCGGACAGGCAAUGGCCUUCCAGAGUCCAACGAACACCGCCAAUUUGGCUCUCAACGGACCUGCGAGAUGGCAACCAGGCCCUUGCAAACCCGAUGACCAUAGAACAAAAGACUCGCUUCUUCCAGACCCUCGUCAAGUGUGGGCUAAAGGAGAUAGAGGUCGCAUACCCCGCUGCGAGUGAUACCGAUUUCAAUUUUGUUAGGGGGCUUAUUGAGGGCAACCAAAUCCCGGACGAUGUUUGGAUUCAGGUGCUCACGCCUGCACGAGAGGACCUCAUUAAGCGUACUGUCGAUGCCGUCGCUGGUGCCAAGAAGGCCAUUAUCCAUAUGUACAACGCCACUUCGCCGUGCUUCCGUAACAUCGUUUUCCGCAACUCGAAAGAGGAAACAGUCGCUCUCGCGAUCAAGCACACGAAAAUCGUCCGCGAGCUGACGGAGGAGUGCUCCGCAAGAACAGGCACCGUUUUCAGAUACGAGUACAGCCCAGAAACGUUCUCACAGACCGAGGCGGAUUUUGCCCUCGAGGUGUGCGAAGCGGUCAAGGCGACGUGGGGCAAGGCUGGCACCGGAGACGAGCGCAUCAUCUUUAACCUGCCCGCGACAGUCGAGAUCGCGCCACCUAACCACUUUGCCGACCAGGUCGAGUAUUUCUGCCGCAAAAUCACGGAGCGCGAGAAGAUUGCUGUGUCCCUGCACGUGCACAACGACCGAGGACAGGGCGUGGCUGCUGCUGAGCUCGGCUUGCUCGCUGGCGGUGACCGUAUCGAGGGCUGUCUCCUCGGUAACGGCGAGCGGACAGGAAAUGUCGACAUUGUGAAUCUCGCUUUGAAUCUGUACACCCAGGGCGUCCACCCGAACCUCGAUUUUAGCGACAUCCAGUCAGUCAUUGACACUGUCACCUCAUGCAACGAUUUGCCCGUGCACCCCCGCCAUCCUUAUGCAGGAGAGCUUGUCUUUACCGCGUUCUCAGGCUCACAUCAGGACGCGGUCAAGAAGGGCUUCGAGGCGCAACGAAAGCGUUGGGCUGAGGCAGAGGCGAAGGGCGAGCCCAAGUUUUGGGACAUCCCGUACUUGCCCAUCGACCCCGCUGACCUCGGCUGCACCUACGAGGCCGUCAUCCGUGUUAACUCGCAAUCCGGCAAGGGCGGUAUUGCAUACCUCGUUCAGCAGCACCUCGGCCUGGACCUCCCACGCAAGAUGCAAGUCGUGUUUUACCAGGUCGUCCAGGACAUCGCAGAUCGCGAGGCUCGCGAGAUGACGGUUGAGGACAUUACGACCGCUUUCCGCUCAACAUACCACUUUGGCGGCUCCAAGUAUGAGGGCCGUCUCACCCUCAAAUCGUUCAAGAUCUCUUCGGAGCCAGUCGCAGACUCGACUACUGACAGCGAAGAGCCUGCAGACGAGCGUCGCCUGUUCGACGGCACAGUCGCUGUUGACGGCGCUGUGCGGGUCAUCCGCGGGGACGGCAACGGGCCCUUAUCCGCGCUGCUUGACGCGCUGCGCACGCACCUCGACGUCGACUUGCAGGUGCGCGAAUACUCGGAGCACGCCAUUGGUGAAGGCUCGAAUGUGAAGGCAGCGUCGUACGUCGAGAUUGUGCGCGGUGGGCAGGAUGUCAAGGAUGCGCGCAAGUCGAGCGAGUCUUGGUGGGGCGUGGGCGUCGACUCGGACAUUGCGGGCUCAGGCUUACGCGCGGUGCUGGGUGCGGUGAACAACGCGAUCGGGGACCGCGAGCUGCCGGAGCUCAAACUCUCAGUCGGGUUCAACGCCAAGUCGGGUCAGGCGGACGUUGCGAAUGCAAUUCUCAGCUCUCUUCACCUAGAACUCCCGCGACGCUUCCAGGCAGCGUUCUUCGAGGUCGUCCAGCGCGCAGCGCGCACGACAGGCGGGGACAUCUCGUACACGGACCUCGUGCAGCUCUUCCGGUCAUCGUAUCACUACGGCACGUCUGUCCCCUCACCAAUCGAGCUUGUGCGCUUCAAUCUCGAGAACGUCGGUGAGGGUGAACGCAAGGAGCUCGCGAUCGAGCUCGACUGGCACGGCGAGCACCGCAAGCUCUCUGCCGAGGGUAGCGGUGUGCUGUCGUCGGCCUUAGCUGUGCUCAACUCGCAGAUCGAUGGCACGCUCUCGAUCAAGGAGUACGCAGAGCAUUCAAUUGGCGACGGCACCGAUGUCGAGGCCGCGUCGUUUGUCGAACUUGCGUACGAUCACCCCAGCGGGAAGCGCGAGACGGCGUGGGGUGUUUCGAGCGACACGGAUAUCACUGCGUCCGGCUUAAAGGCAGUCAUGCGCGCAGCGAGCGCAUUCGACCUCGUUCCGAAGAAGCUGGUCAAUGGCCAUUGAAAAUUUUAAUGUGAGGCAGCACAGAUGUACAAUAAGAUUUACGAGGGAGAAAUGCGGAUGUAAACCUGUAGCCAUCUUCAGCUCUUUGAAAGCUGGGCGAGUGUGUUUCCAAGCAGUUCAAUUAGCUUUAUAGUACUUUGAUACAAAGAUUAUGCAGUUGAUAUUAAAACUCGGAUCCCAGUUCCCGCGAAGCACCGCAGCCUACAACUUCGCGACCAUCUUACGCAGGACAACCUUCUGAAUCUUGCCCGUAGACGUUUUAGGCAGCUCAUCAACGACCUGCACCCACUCGGGACAAGCAAACCCCGGGAGGCGCUGGCGCGCAUGUUUCUUGAGCUCGCCGCCGAACUCCUCGUGGUGUCCCUGCCACUUGGGCGCUGCCUCCUUCUUGAGGAUCACAAACGCCAUCGCGCGUUCGCCCCACUUUGGGUGUUGGCGCGCGACGACGGAGGCCUCGAGCACGUCUGGGUGAGCCGCGAGUUCUUGUUCGAUGGCCAAGCUGGACGCAUUCUCUCCACCCGAUAUAAUAAUAUCCUUGCUCCGAUCCUGGAUCGACACAUACCCGUCGGGAUGCACGACAGCCAGGUCGCCGCUGUGGAAGUACCCGCCGGCGAACGCCUUGCGCGUCGCGUCGGGGUCGCGGAAGUACUCCUUCAUGGCGAUGUUCCCGCGCAUGACGAUCUCGCCGACCGUGCGCCCGUCCUUGGGGACAUCGACGAGCGGCGCGUCCGGCGCGUCGCCCUCCUGCGCCUGGAACACGACCCGCACCGGAUCCGACGUCAGGAAGCUGAAGCCCUGCCGCGCCAUGCACCGCGAACGCUCCUCGAGCGACAGCGACGCCCACGAGGGCUGGUUGUACGCCAUGGUGAACGGGCCGUAGGUCUCUGUCAGACCGUACACGUGCACAGGCUGGAUGCCGAUCUUCUCGAGGUCACCGAUGAGCUGCGCUGUCGGUGCAGAUCCGGCAAUGACGGCUGCGAUGGGUCUUGGGACAGGCCGAGCCUCGGGUGCGCUUACGAUGCUAAUUUGCACCGUUGGCGCAGCACAAUAAUGGCUGACACCAGAGUUCAGGAAGUGGUACCAAAUCUGCGGGAGGCUGACUGUGCGCAGGGUGAUCUGAGUCGCGAAGGCAGCUGUUAUGGCCCACGGGUAUGUCCAGCCGCAUGCGUGGAACAUGGGCAAGAUCCAGAGAUACACGGACUUAGGGUCCAUCCUAGCCUCAUAGGUGUUUGCAAUCGCAGCCAGAUACGAACCUCGGAGGGUGGUCAGGACACCUUUCGGCCGACCAGUUGUGCCAGAGCCGUAGUUAGCUGUCAGCAUAUCCCGGGGUGUAUACUUCCUGGAGCAAACGACGCACGUAUAACAGAGUGCAGCACCAGCAUUCUCAUCUGGCUCCCAUUCUAGCCCGCCCCAGCCCCUCUCCUGGCUGAACCGCCGGCCACUGCUCAGGAAUUCUUCGUACGGGUCGCCCACGCGUCCAGUGUCGUGACAUACGAUGACGCGGGCUUUGGUGUCUUUGAUGAGGUGCGUGUAUUCGUGGUCGACGAUGAUGAGCUUAGAGCCGCUAUGCUCGAGGAUGUAGGCCACCUCUUGCAGGGUAAGGCGCGUAUUUAUCGGGCAUAUGAUCGCACGCGCGGCGAUGAUGCCAUGGUGUGCAUCAGCUAUGACGGGCGAGUUAGGAGCAAUGACUGCGACCCUAUCCCCGGGCUGUAUGCCGGCUUUUAUCAAAGCGUACGCGAGAUUCUGAACGCGUUGGGCCCACACGCCGUAGGUAUAGAAGACCGGAUGCUUGACGUCCGAGUGAGCAAUGGCCAGCUUGUCAGGGUAUAUCUGGCUUGCUCGGAGGAGGAAAGCCAAGGGGUUCAAAGGGUGUAUGUGCACAGGGAACCCCUUGGGCUCUUUGAGCCGUAUGUCGACUGAACCGACAGGGGGUACACUCGUCUCUGUGGGGCGGAAGCUGGACGUUGUUGCCAUCGCUGCUAAGAACACUGCUGUUAUCGAAUCUCUGUGCACAGCUCUGCGAGACACGCCGGACUGGUGAAAC